GCUCUUCGACAAUACCACACAGCCAAAUCGACAUCCACAACCGUCGCCAUGGCCAAAUCCAAGAACUCGUCUCAGCACAACCAGUCCAAGAAGAACCACCGAAACGGUAUCAAGAAGCCUAAGACCCACCGUUACCCUUCGCUCAAGGGAACCGACCCCAAGUUCAGGAGGAACCACAGGCAUGCGCUUCACGGCACCAUGCGCGCUCUGAAGGAGGUUAAGGAGGGCAAGCGCGAGAGCGCAUAA